AUGAAACUUACCCAUAAGAAAUCAUCUACCGAGGAACAAGACUGUGAUCAUAAUGAAUAUGGUAGAAAUUUUAUAAAUUCAAACAUUGAUAGCCAUUCAACAAUUUCUGUAGGAGAGAGAACCUAUAUAGUUGAUAUCAGUGGAAAAAGCUCCAAACAGAAUUCUGACAAAAAUAAAUAUCAGCAACUUUCCACACGGAAGAAACCUUGUAAAUGUAAUAAAUGUGGUAAAACCUUCACUCAAACCUCAUCUCUUACUCAGCACCAGAGUAUUCAUACUGGAGAGAAACCCUUUAAAUGCAUUGAAUGUGGGAAGGCCUUUAGUCGGAGCUCACUCCUUACUCAACAUCAGAUUAUUCAUACUGGUGAGAGACCUUAUAAAUGUAGCAUAUGUGAGAAAGCUUUUAGCCGUAACUCAUUCCUCAUUCAGCAUCAGAGGAUUCAUACUGGAGAGAAACCCUAUAAAUGUAAAGAAUGUGGGAAAGCUUUCAGCCAGAGCACAUGCCUUACACAACAUCAGAGAAUUCAUACUGGAGAAAGGCCUUAUAAAUGUGUUGAAUGUGGAAAAGCCUUCAAUCAGAACACAUGCCUUACACAGCAUUGGAGAAUUCAUACUGGAGAAAAACCUUUUAAGUGUAAUGUAUGUGAUAGAACAUUUCGUAAGCAUUCACAGCUUACCCAACACCAGAGAGUUCAUACUGGAGAGAAGCCCUAUAAAUGUAAUGAAUGUGAUAGAGCCUUCAGUCAAAGGACACGUCUUACUCACCAUCAGAGAAUCCAUUCAGGAGAAAAACCAUACAAAUGUAUCGAAUGUGGGAAAGCCUUCUUUCAGAGCUCAUCUCUCACUGAACAUCAAAGAAUUCAUACUGGAGAAAGAGACUAUGAAUGUAAUAUAUGUGGGAAAACCUUCCCAAAGCACUCGCAUCUUGUUCAACAUCGGAGAAUUCAUACUGGAGAGAAACCAUAUCAGUGUAAUGAAUGUGGGAAAGCCUUUAAUCAGAUCACAUGCCUUACUGAACACCAGAGGAUUCACACAGGAGAAAAGCCUUUUAAGUGUAAUGAAUGUAAGAAAGCCUUCCAAAAACAGUCAGCCCUUACUCAACAUCAGAGAAUUCAUACUGGGGAGAAGCCAUAUAAAUGUAAUGAGUGUGGAAAAUCCUUCAGUCACAGCUCAGUCCUUACUCAACACCAGAGAAUCCACACAGGAGAGAAACCUUAUAAAUGUAAUGAAUGUGGAAAAGAUUUUCGCAAUCAUUCACAUCUUACUCAACAUCAAAGAAUUCAUACUGGAGAGAAACCUUAUAAAUGUAAUGAAUGUGGAAAGGCUUUCAAUCAGAGUGCAUGCCUCACUCAACAUCAGAGAAUUCAUACUGGAGAAAAACCCUUUAAGUGUAAAGAAUGUGGAAAGGCCUUCAGUCACAGUUCUUCCCUUUCUGAACAUCAGAGAAUUCAUACUGGAGAGAAACCCUAUAAAUGUACUGAAUGUGGGAAAGACUUUCGUAACCACUCACACCUUACACAACACCAGAGAAUUCAUAUUGGUGAGAAACCUUAUAAAUGUAAUGAAUGUGAGAAAGCCUUCAGUCGUAGUUCAGCCCUUAUCCGACAUCAGCAACUUCACAGAGGGGAGUAA